UGACUUGCAACCCCCCUCGUUUGUACAACCGACCAUACCUUGAACUCGAUAGUUUUAGGAUUUGUUGAGUGUGGCGAUUGUUUUGGACAGAAGCUCGACUUGUAUCAUUGUCGUGCACGCUCAGUGAGAUUGCAAUGUGCCUACUGCGCGAAAUUUGAACUGUGACUAAUAUGUUGAAGUUCGUAAAUCUGACAAGCAAAAUGGCACCGCAGGUCGAGAACCCGUGCCUGCCCCCGGGCGCACUCAUCCUCGUCACAGCAGGCAACGGUUAUCUUGGAUCCCAUAUUGUCGACCAAUGUCUCGCAUACGGCUACUCGGUGCGCACCACGGUUCGCUCUCUCGAACGAAGCGCGUGGAUGAAGCGAGACUUCUCUAAGCGCCACCCCAAUGGACAGCUCGAGGUGGUCGAGGUGCCCGACCUCAGCCAGCCAGGAUGCUACGACGCAGCGCUGAAGGGCGUAUCAGCCAUGAUCCACACGCCCGGUUUCACGAACAUGUCUGAUCCCGAUAUGGUCGGCAACACGGUCAAGCUGAACAUGGUCGCCUUGAAGGGCGUGCACGAAGCGAACAAGAAUGGGGAGAAGGUCCAGAGGUUUGUGCUGACGGGCUCGAGCUGGGCUGUCAAGUAUCCGGUACCCAAUGUGCCUGGCGACAUCACAGAAGAUCAGUACGACGAGUCGAUCGCGAAGGCGCUGUCGAACCCCGACACGCCGAAAGACUUCUGGGCACUGAUGGGUUAUGUGCAGAGUAAGAUCGCGGGUGAGCAGGCGUGCUGGAAGUACGUGCGCCAGCACUCAGACUGCGGUUUCGUAGUCAACACCGUCAUCCCAGCGACUUGCAUGGGCCCGGUCAUCGCACCUGCAGAGCAACAGUAUCCUUCGACUGCUGGGUUCAUUCGGUCGCUGCACGAGUGCAAGGGCCAGGAGCUAUUCGACGUCAUCGAGCCGCAGUGGUACGUCGACGUGCGGGACCAGGCGCGGCUCCAUGUUGCGGGAGCGGUGCUGGAUGGCGUGGAGAAUAGGCGCAUAUUCGCGUGGGCGGGACCGUACACGUGGAUUGGAGUCGCCGAUGUUCUCGAGAAGGAGAUGGGUCAGAGGACAACGAUCCGGCUGGCGGAUAAGGGAGAGGACAUCACGAAGGUGCUGGCGAAGGGAAAGGCAGAAAGCUACUUGAAAAGGCUGGACAGGCCGGAUUGGGUGCCAUUCGACGAGUCUGUGAGCGAGUGCAUUCGCAGCUACUACCCGAAGGCGUGAGUUUCAGCUGCAUUCUGUGGGUCGUCCCGUGGCUGUAGGUUCACAAAUUCACCGUCGGGAGUCCGCAACGCCGUGAUUGGCGGGUGUUCGAUCGUGGCACCCUCUCGUUCCGCUACUUGCGAUGGAACAGUCGGCGUGACCGUAGAUAAGAGCCUCAUCCGGGCGUUGCUUCAAUAGCAGUUUCGGCGAUAAUGUGAUGUGGGAGGGAAUUCGUCCG